UUAUUCGCUUAUUACGGGUUUUAUUUAAACAUCAUUAUUAAUGAUUCAUUAUUAUACUUUCUCCUUCUCUAGACACAAGCUGGAAAUGCAUUUAAUAUUUUUCAAAGGGUCGUGUCAAACAAUUUACGAAGCUGAAUCAACAAAAAAUGGUUUUGUAACGUUGGCAUAUUUAUUUAACGUCACAGAAAACCGACAUUCCGGUAUAGAUCAUAUAACUAGAUAUUUGAGUUUUGUGCGAACAUCAGGCCGACCAGCUCAAAUACCUGUUUUUCCGUUAAGCAUUUUGGUCCAUGACCAACCAGGUGAGUAUUUUACGUACUGGGGAAAAAUAGAUAAACCCGGAUGCAAGUGUGGCGUAAGCCAAUGGAUAGUAUUUACCAAACCGUGCGAUGUUAAUCGUGAACAGGUGGAUGAGUUCUAUUGCAUACUGGACAAGUGCGGGAACGCGAUCAAACGGAAUUAUCGGAAGGCCAACCCGGUGCCACCCGGCAACAAAACUCGUCCCUAUCUCGUAAUGUUAGACGUCCCCGGCAGCAGCUCGACCGGCCUCGACGUUGUACCGGCGGAGGUGGUAGUGGCAGCGACAUCCAGAUCACGUUCCAGCGAACUACGGAAGACUUCGAGUCGCCGCUCGGUGGCCGUCAUCGCAUCGGCAGAAGGCGGCAAUUCCAGUCAGUCCCUGUGCGCCAAGCCCACCAGAACGCAACUGUUGCGGCGAACGUUUAACCUAAGCAAAUUGUCCGUCCACAAGCACAGGCCACAAACUGCGAAGACGACUGUCAUACGUAACAGCAGACAGUCCGAACGCGUGCGGACAGCCGAUACCGAAACCAAGAACCAUUUGCGGCCGACGUUAUCGUUCAAUGCGACCAGACCGUCGUGGAAGUAAAUUGCACAUAGGUAAUAAUAUUAUGUACGCCGUGCACCUAUUACGUACAAAAGUUUACGACUAAUUAUUGUCAUAACCUACCUGUUAUGUUAUGUACAUUGACUGAAAUAAUAACGUUUAUAUUUUUUCAAUAUUAUAGGACCUUGGUCUUGGCCUUUCUUACCUAACGUACAUUAGUAGUUUUUUCUCAUUAAAGUUGUGUGCCUGUUGGUCGUUACUUAUAAUUAGAGCCCGGAACUUGAUGACCUAAAAAUCUUAAAAAAAUUCACACAAAAAAAGGUGGGCAAGUGGGUGUCGCUUUGCCGUACAGCAGGUUACAAG